UGUGUUAGCGCGUAGUCUAUUAUAUAUGCACACGGGGUCUUAUCUUUUGAGUUCAGAAGCUCAAAAAGAAAGUUCUCUCAUAGACUUGUAUCGAAGUCGAAAGUAAGCAUCUGAAGCUAACACAGAUAAUGGAAGAGAGAAUGUCAGGCUUUUGUAUCACAAAAGCUGGUCGUGGUGGUGGUAGUGGCAAUAACUGUGGCACAGGAACUAAAUGUGGGCGUUGGAAUCCUACUACCGAACAAGUUAAACUUCUAACUGACUUGUUCCGGUCUGGGCUUCGAACCCCAAGUACUGACGAGAUCCAGAACAUCUCCACCCAGCUUAGUUUUUAUGGCAAGAUCGAGAGCAAGAACGUUUUUUACUGGUUUCAAAAUCAUAAAGCUAGAGAAAGACAGAAGCGGCGCAGGGUUUCUGUUGAUGAGAAGGAUGCCAUGAUUCGUAGAGAUGACAGAUUUUCUUCUGCGCGAUAUUUUACUGAGAUCAAUCAUGUGAACGAACCAGAAAGAGUGAUUGAGACUCUCCAACUUUUCCCUUUAAACUCCUUUGAUGAAGCGGGACCAGAGAAAUUCAGGUUGCAAGCAAAUGAAUGCAAUGAAGCUGCAGCUGCAUUUUCUUAUAAAUUUGGUACAGAAAUGGAUCAUCCACAUUUAGAUCUGCGAUUAAGCUUUGCGUAGAAUUUAAAAUGGUUGUAAUAAUGAUUCGAAGAAUAUUAGUUUUAGCAUGGAUGGUAAAAAAAUGGAGGUAGCAAGUACUUGAAGUUGGUUUUUUUUCUUUUUAUUUAUUUAUAUAUAGUUCUUUAAAUA